AUGUCAACAAGCGAUCGAACACAUUCUGUGGCGGAAUCACCUACACACGGCCAGGAGGAUGAUCUGUCAUCACGUCCAGUACGUCCGGGGCCCCAUCCCAGUCGGCGCCGGGACAAGCCCCAGCUCUCCUGUAAUCCUUGCCGACGCCGGAAAUCACGAUGUGACCGCCAAAAGCCGUGUUCAACUUGCUCCGCUCGAGGUCAAAUAUGUACAUACCCAGGUAACCAGACAAGUACGGGGCAGUCGGAGCUUCCACGCGUUGGCGUACAUGAUCGUCUUGUGCAGCUGGAGCAGCUGGUUAUGUCCUUUGUGACUGAUUCGGUCGACAAAUCCAAUGCUAAGAUGUCGUCUGAUCCAGAUCCACGGCCCGGGAUUGGAGGCGUUACCCCAGUUGACACUCUGGAUACCUCGAUAGAUGCCCGUUCGGAAUGCGGUAGUAUGCGUAUCAGUGUGUCAGAGCAUCGCUACGUUGGAGAGGAUCACUGGGCUGCAAUUUUGGACCGUAUCGCUGACCUGAAAGAUCAUUUUGACCGGGAAGAACAACAACAGUUGGCUAUCAGUCCAAAGCACUCCGAGUAUGAUGAAUGGGGGGAAGAGAGAACUGAUGCUCUGACAAGACCAAGAUCAGGAUAUGCAUUGCUUCUGUACGGAGUUAGCCGACCGGCUUCUCGAGACCAAAUCCUCACUGCCUUGCCUCCAAGGGCUGCUGUUGACCGCUACAUCUCUCGCUAUUUCAACUACCUAGACCUCGUAUCAUCCUCGGCCGUUCAUGGCCCAAGCUUCCUUCGCCAGUACGAGGCAUUCUGGACCAACCCAUCUGGUGUCCCGAUUAUGUGGAUUGGCCUGCUUUUCAGCAUCAUCUGUCUGGCCUGUUUUGUGUCCGAAACACCCGACUCUGAUAACGAGCAACAGUCGCUUCAGAUAGACCUCUACCGAGAGAAGAUUGUGCAGUGUUUGGUACUGGGAAAAUAUACUCAGUGCGGUCCAUACGUACUAGAAACAGUGAUUAACUAUUUGUACACCGAGUUUUGUAUCCACUCGGAUGCACACAAGGAUACCUGGUUCCUACUUGCGCUCGAGGUCAACCUGGCGAUGCGGAUGGGUUACCAUCGCGAUCCUAGCUAUUUCCCUGGGAUAUCACCUUUCUAUGGAGAGAUGCGACGCCGACUCUGGGCGACCGUUUUAAUGGGGGACAUUCUCAUUUCAAACCAAAUGGGAAUGCCACGCAUGAUAUGUGACUGGAAAUGGGAUACGACUGAGCCGCGGAGUUUGAAUGAUGCCGAUUUUGAUGAGGAUACAGUGGAGCUCCCCCCGUCACGGCCGGAAAGCGAACACACAACAUCUCUCGGCCUCAUCGCACGGAGACGUAUAUUGAAGGCGUUGGGCAAUAUAGCCGAUCUUACAAAUUCGGUUCAGCCGUGCAGCUACGCUGAAGUCAUGCGUGUUGAUGGUAUCCUCGAAGAAGCUGCGCAGAGUAUCCCACAGCAAUUAAAAAUGAAACCAAUGGCGGCAAGUUUAACCGAUAUUCCGCAGGUAAUUAUCUCUCGUCUGUUCUUAGGCCAUAUAUUUUACGGGGGAAAGAUAAUGCUUCAUCGACGGCUCCUAUACAUGCAAUCGCCCUCCCAGGAAGAGGAUCCUUUUAUUUACUCACGAAGGACUUGUCUGGACGCUUGUUUGGGGACUCUGGAGAUCCAGAAUGUGCUUGACGAGGAAACGUGCCCGGGGGGUCAGCUUUAUACAGUACGCUUUCGGGUGACUUCGGUUAUGAACCAUCAAUUUCUCACGGCUACCAUGAUUCUAUGCUCGAUGCUUUGUAGUGGGCAGACACAAGGGAGAGAGGACGAAGUACGAUCUGCGUUACAAAGAUCAAGAAUGAUCUGGAUACGAAGAAGCACAACUUCCAAAGAGGCAAAGAAAGCGGCCGAAACUGUUAGCAUUGUCCUUGCCAAAGCAGGGGUUGAUCUUAACAAGACUACCAAUGACUGGAUGAUGGAGAUCGGAGGCCUGUCCAGUAACCAGCAAGCGAUGCAGGAAGGUAAUUUCGUGAUGGGCUUAGAUGGAGGUGGAAUGUUUACGGAUAGUACUUGUAUGGAUCUUCUCCAACCCUUGGAUUAUACGUCGUAA